UUUUAAUCAUUUAUCUCAAGUAAUCUUUAAAGCUUCUUGAAGUUAAACUUAAGAUCCAAGCAAUAUGAAGCACAGCUUUAUUGAAAUAUUUUUCAAAUUAGGAAAAAUAUUUGUGCAUUGUUAUUCACAUGUCUUCUUACCCACCAGCUUGGCACUGGUUUAGGUUGAUCCUGAAUUUCUGAGUAGUCUGUCCACUGGUAAACAGCUGGCAAAUAGUCUUGACUCUUUACAGCUUGUCUCUCCAUUCAUAAAAAAAAAGUUAAGUACUGACAUAACUUGAGAAUUUCUGUAACUUUAUAGCACCUUACUUAUAAGGAAGGAGGCCUAAUAACUCUCUGCUUAAUUUACACAGAACUAUAUCACUGCAGUCUCAUUUCUGACUUUAAAGCAGCUUUAGUAUUUGGAAGUUGAAGUUUAUAAUUUUCAGUAAGCAGUUUAUUUAGGCCAGAUCUCAUUAUUACCAUCUGAAGUUGACUUUUCCGAUAUAUGUUCAUUAUUAAGCUUUAAUAAAUUCUAUUUUUGUGAUUUGUCAGGCACACAUUUCUGUACAAGCACAAGUCCACUUUCCCUAACUGUUCUAUGUAGCAGUCAGGGUACAGAAAUUCUCUGUUUAAUGCCCUCUAAAUUAUAUUUCAUUUUCUGCAUUUACCAGACAGCUGUUUAAUGAGGCAUUAUGGCAUAUUUUGAGUCAGUAAGGAAUACUGGUCUACUGGAAACAAAACCUUGGAACACCUCUGAAACAGUACUGCUGCAGCUUUCACUUUCUCCAACCAUUGUCAAUAUCAUCAGCUGGAUAGGGGCAGUGUACAUUCCAGAGUGCUCUAAGAUAAAGCAUUACCUUUGACUUUGAACUAGCCCUGGACAAGCAGUCUUCAGGAAUUAACAUGAUUUAAACAACUGACACAAACAGCACGUCCUUGAAUUGACUAGGGACAAAAAUUGCAUCAAAUUAUCUUACUUCUGAAUUUCAGUUUUCUGCUCUGUCAAAUACUGCUCACAGUCUUGGGGGCUAAAGUAUGAUUCUUCUGUAGUAGCUUAAGCUGCUACUUGAGACAGCCAUUUCUCUUUUACACAGGAAAAAAAGAAAAUAACCCAUAAGCAGCACUUCGGAGUUCCCCAUUAUGUAUCUCCCCACUAUGAUGGCAAAGACCAUGUUUCUUUCUCCUUUCCACAGAGAAGUUGGGUUUACAUAGCACGUAGAAUCCCAACUUACUUAAUUUAUGAAUAGCCAGAAAGAAGUCAAGAAGUGACCUUUACCUACUCAGAUGAGUGUUGAAUGCUUGAGAACCCAGUGAUAAAGAUGGACGCAGAACACCGUUACCACUGAAACAGUAUCAAGAUGGUUCAGGAUUUAAUGCCUGUCUCUACAAGGCAAUUUAGCGUAGUCCCAAGUUUUAGAAUGUUCAUCUAGGUUGGAAACUAUUAGUAGUGUAGUCUUGCAGACUUCAAGAACUGUGUUCCCCAGUGUAAUGUAAAAAAAAAAAAAAAGUACAGAUGCUGCCAGUGCAAAAUGUGCAACAACCACUGCCAGAGCAAUAACUGCAUAGUGCAGCUGAAGAAACCUUGUUUCCAACAGAUCUGUUCCAUGAAAAUACCAUCCCUACUAUUUUCUCCCCCUUUUCCAUUAGCCAUAUGUGCAGGAUUUCUUGUGUUGAGUACUACAUUCCCUCUAUUAAUCAAUACUUCAACUUUUUUAUUAAUAAGUAUUACAUUAAAUAUAGUACUUAAUAUUAUUUUUGAGACCACUACAUGUUUGUGCAUCCUCUAGGAUUUGAGUUAAAAGACUGAAGAAUAUUUCAAGGCACAGGAGGAAGUUGUUACUAAUUACUUCUCUUAUGUGUUUGCAUUUGUUUCCCAAAAGAUAAAUCAAAGCCUACAAUGAAGAUGGGUAAUAAAGCCAGAGCACCUAAACAGGCGUUGAGAAUAAGGCAUACUGGACAUGUUGUGAGGUCAACACAAACUGCUUGUAUCAAGCAGGAAAACUUAACAAAACCAAGGAGUGAAUCAAGCUUAUCAAUGACAAAAGGUGAAAAACUGCAAGUUACUAAACACUCCUCACGUGAAGCCAUAACCAAAGAUCACUCUUCGAUUUUCCAAAGAGAUAGCACAAACAGAUAUUCCCAUUCAGAGAAUCCUAAUGUUGUUAAAAAAAGUAAACAGAAACCUCAAACCCCAUGUGUAUCAGCUGAAGACCUCAGAAAUUUGGUGUGUUUAACACAAGAACAGCUUCAACAGAUUUUGAUGACUGUAAAAGAAGGAACUAGAAGCAUCUCUCAGAUUCAUAAUGAAAAGCAAGAGGAAGUUGCUACUAAUGAGGCAUCAGAAGAAAAUAUUAGGGUGUUGCUCCAAAAAGCUUGUGAAGUUUCACCUGUUGCAGAUGAAGCUAGCUCUGAUUCCAGCAGGAAACAAGAAGCAUAUCUGCAUCCAGGACAGAAAGUUAUAAAGGAUUUGUGGAAACCUGCUGACAUGUUUAGUACCUUGGGUGAAAGAGAAGGGGAGAAAGCCUUAUUAGAAUUUAGAAAGACCCAAUGGAAGAAGGAAUUAGAUGAACAGGUGGCACUGAAGAAGAAAAUUAAAGAAACUUUGGAGGGAGAGGUGGGUUAUUUCUGGACAAAACCUGGCAAUAAUAAAGCCCAUAAAGAGAAAGCAGAAACAACUGACCCAGAUAAGACAGUGUUUCCAGCUGACUCAGUUACUGCCACUGAGGAAAACUCUGUUUGUACAACUGCUUUAACCACAGAGCCUAAUGAAGUUCCACUGAAUAUUUCAAGUGCUCCAGCUGGGCAGUCUUCUGAUAUCAGUUCUUCUGACUUACCAGCUGUCAAUUGCACAGCAGUUGUUUUAGCGGAAGCUCUGCCACAGGAACGACCUUUUAAUGCUUUGAAGCACGAGCAACAGAAGUGGCUUGAAGGGCUAGACAAAGAGAAGGAAGAAGCUAAGCUACGAAAAACAGAAGAAAGAUUUAAUUUAUCACAGGCUGAAGAGCAUGACAGAUGGGCAAUGCAUUUUGAUUCUUUAAAGAACCACCUUAAUGCUAAUGCACAACACCCCUUAAAUGGAAUAUACAAAAAGCAGCCUGAAAGUCUUUGCCUGUCACCUGACCCUAAGGAGCUGACUGCUUUUAUUCAUCCUUUUUCACCUGCAGCUUUAGGCAACCUCAUGCCCUCAAAGGUGGGAAAUGCAGAAAAAGCUGCUAAAAACAGUGCUUUGGAACACAGUCAGAAAGUCAGUUUCCUCCGUUCAAUGACAGCUCUCUUGGACCCGGCACAGAUUGAAGAGAGAGACAGGCGGCGGCAGAAGCAGUUAGAACAUCAGAAAGCAAUAAUGGCUCAAGUAGAAGAGAAACGGAAGAAGAAACAACAGGAGGAAGAGCAGAGAAAAUGGGAAGAACAAGAGGAAGAACAGCGCCUAGUACGAGAAAACGAACAAAUGCAGAAACAGUUUGAAGAAGAACUGCUGAAACAAAAACAAAAGGAGGAACUUGUGACUCUUAAAACAAAUGAGCUUUAUCAGACAAUGCAGAAAGCUCAAGAAUUAGCGCAGAGAUUAAAACAAGAACAGCGCAUUCGAGACUUGGCUCAAAAGGGACAUGACAUUUCAAAACUUCAGAAGAAUCUUGGUGAUGAAUUUGAAAAUUGUAAUACUGACAUUUCACAUCAAAAUCACAAUUUUUCUGAUGACACUAAGAGCCACAUCGAUCAGCAGACUUCUCCUCGGAAAGACACUGCUGUACAGACAGAUGACUUCAAUACUUCAGCAUACAUGGAGUCAGCUGAGGAAAGAACUGUGUGUUGCGAAUCGCCUGAUAUUUCCAUAGAAUAUAAAGAAACCUCUAGCAGCAGAAAACACCAGAAGGAAAUGAAGUAUGUAGAAAAAAAUAAAAUUUCAGGAAAAGAGAAUGGUGGCAUUUACAGUGAUCUAUAUGAACAAUUUGCAAGAAAAGAAAGACAAAUUAAGCCUUCAGAAAAAUGCAACAAAAGACCUGACUGGAACAUAAACAAGCCUGGGAAAAGAUACAUUCCAGCAUCAGAAAGAUACCCUAAACAGCUACAAAAACAAAGGGAAGAAAACAAAGUAAGACGACAAAUGGAGCUGCUUCAGUUGGUAGAAAGAAAUACCCCUGGGAAUCUUUGCCCAAAAAAGAGUGAUCAUUCAGACAGGUCUCCUUCACCUCACGAGGAAAUAAACAUGAAGAAUAAGGGACAUAGAGUCAGAAAGGAAGAACAAUUACCUAAGAAUCAUUUGAAUGAAGAAAGAUCUGAAUCACCACCUGUUCCAGCAGUUAAGAAUAGAUUACACCAUGUACAACAAAAACAGAUACAUGCUUCUCAUUUCCUGGUGCAUAACAGCAAUAGUAGAAGAGAGAAAAAUGUCAAGCCAGAUACACAGCAGAGGAGCUCCCCUCCUUCCGUUACAGAAGCUGGAAGACCUCUCUCUUCACAAUUUAUUCCGUAUGUUCGAACAAAUGAAGUGUAUUACCUUGAUCCAGAUGCACCAGUGACAAGACCUUCAACACAGGACCCACAGCAUCGGCAGUUUAAUGAUUCUUACCAAACACCACGACAGAUUUUUAGCUCGGAUCACGGUAGAGAUCCUCUUCUAAAUCCUGAUGUAGUUAAAAGCAGAGAGAGACAACAAGCAAUUCUCAAAGGACUGUCAGAAUUACGCCAGGGCCUCCUGCAGAAGCAGAAGGAGUUGGAGACUGCUCUGAUUCCUACUAUGGCUCAAGAAGAGAACUUUAUGUCUCCAUUUUGAGAGGUACAUAUGGAUGUUUGGAAUUCUUAACAAUGUAAAGGCACAGCACUUUGUUGGCUACUGUAAUUGUGAACAAUCUGGAUCCUUUUUUAAUGAAGAAUUAAGUUAUGUGAAUUUUGAUAAUUAUAGGGUCAUGUGGCUUUUUAUAUUAAAGAUACAUUAAACUAAUGAUGGUGUGUGUCUCUAGAAUGGUCUUCAUGCUAACCCAAGACUGUGUCUGGUUCACAUAAGGCACCAAAACACUGUAUAGAAACGUUCCGUGGGUUGUUGUACCCUGUAUGUCUUUUGAUAAAUAAA